AUGGUCCUCAGGUACAUCAUCAUUCGACCAAAGUUUGGACACGCCAGGGUUCUCGAGGCUCAUGUAGAAUUCCCCAACGAGGAGGAUGAGUUUUUUGUCUUAGACAAAGGUUUCUUUACACUUUAUUGCCGUGGCAAUAUGGUCAAGCUCGAGAGGCAGUUACUAUUUGCAGACAGGGAUAACACACUAAUGAGAUGGAAAGCUGCCAUGGAAGUUGCCAAUCCUUCUCAAUAUUUGUCGAUUGGAGGGCAACAGUCAUUUCAAGAUGGCCAUUACUUUGCAAUCCAAAGGAUUGAAUUCGCCAAUGUUUAUUGGACUAUUAUUGAUCUGUUAGACAUUUUCAUCACGACGCAAAGCGUGAGUAUACAGCCUGAAAAGCUGAACAUUAUUCUCAUAGAUGCUCAUCCAAAGUCCUCACUGGACUCUUUCUGGACAGUCUUGUUCCAAAGGCUAAUAAAACUAAACGACAAAGAUUUCUUUAAAAACUCAAAUACCGUUGUGUUCGAAAAUCUUAUUUGGAGAUAUCCCCGUAAGAAGUCUCCUCUACUAGACAUCAACCUUAAGUCCUCUAGACACAUUCAACCAUUCAGGUCUUUUGUAUUAAAAGAAUUUGGUAUCUCGGCGGCCAAACAUUUACGAAACUGCAGUCAGCAAAAUUUGAAUGUCUUAGUCAUCUUGAGGAGAGACUACGAGAGUCAUCCAAGGAAUUUGGCUGCAGUUAUCGACAGAAAAAUUGCCAAUGAGGAAGAAGUCCUGCAAGAAAUCAAGACCAGCUUCCCCAAUGGAAACAUUACUGCUGCUCAGUUAGAUCUAUGGCCACUAAAAGCACAGCUGGAAACAAUUGCCAAUACAGACAUUUUAUUUGGAAUGCACGGUGCGGCUCAUGCAUUUUCUAUUUUCAUGGAACCAGGCGGAGUAGUUGUUGAGAUGUUUAAUGAUUAUUCACAAGCACGUAACUGGCACAUGGGGAAAAUAGCAACUCUUUCAGAUCAUUCCCAUAUCAGUUGGACAAACAGUAAUCCGAAAGCAGUGAAUAAAGAUACGAAAUCGACUAUAAUUCCUAAAGGUCUACCAUCGAGUCUCCUUAAAAAGGCAGUUGCCAGCAUUUGCUCCAAAAGGUCGAAAGUUCUUAGUUAA